AUGGAAGAAAGUAUUUAUCGAAUGAGUCUUUCAGAAAGUUUUCUUGUUUUAAUAAUAAUUGGUUUAUGGUUAUUUGCUAUUAUUAAUUUAGCAAGAAAAUUAGAACGAAUAUGUAAUCCACCGUCAAUACUACCUAAUUAUUAUACACGUAAUAGAACAAGUUUUAAUCCAUCUACACUUCAUGAACAUUAUCCACCUAAUCCAACACAAUCAACAGAUCCAUCAGCUAUUCAUAUAUUUCGUGCUACAUCUGAACCAACUAUUGAUGCAUCACCUCGUACAACAAUUCAUAUGCAUUAUCCAAGUGAAACAUGUUUACUUAAAAAAUCAUCUAUAUCAGAACAAAUUUUUAUACCAGAUACAAUUGAAUUAGAAACAAGUAAUAGUUCAUUAAAUCUUUCACGUUAUAAAGAUCAUCGUAUAAGUGUUGAAAUAAAAUCUAAUCAUCCAAAAUCAUCACAACCAUACUUAAAUCCUAAACGAAUUCCACCAAUUGUUAGACGAAGUCUUUUAGAUUUACAUCGACGUGCAUUAUUUUCGAAUAUAUCAUCAAAUAUUUCAAUGAAUCAUUAUAUUGUUAAUGCAAAAGAAAAUCGAACAGGAUUAACAACAAUUAAAACUGCAUUAAUAAAGAAAAAAUAUCAACAUGAAAAUACAAUAGAUGAAGAUGAUUGUUAUAAAAGUAAGAUUUAUUUUGAAUUAUAA